AUGAAGAGGCAGAACGUGCGGACUCUGUCCCUCAUCGUCUGCACCUUCACCUACCUGCUGGUGGGCGCCGCCGUCUUCGACGCCCUCGAGUCGGACCACGAGAUGCGCGAGGAAGAGAAACUCAAAGCCGAGGAGAUCCGGAUCAAGGGGAAGUACAACAUCAGCAGCGAGGACUACCGGCAGCUCGAGCUGGUGAUCCUGCAGUCGGAGCCGCACCGCGCCGGCGUCCAGUGGAAAUUCGCCGGCUCCUUCUACUUUGCCAUCACGGUCAUCACCACCAUAGGUUAUGGGCACGCUGCCCCCGGCACCGACGCGGGCAAGGCCUUCUGCAUGUUCUAUGCGGUGCUGGGCAUCCCGCUGACGCUGGUCAUGUUCCAGAGCCUGGGCGAGCGGAUGAACACGUUCGUGCGCUACCUGCUGAAGCGCAUCAAGAAGUGCUGCGGCAUGCGCAACACAGAGGUGUCCAUGGAGAACAUGGUGACCGUGGGCUUCUUCUCCUGCAUGGGGACGCUGUGCAUCGGGGCUGCCGCCUUCUCCCAGUGCGAGGAGUGGAGCUUCUUCCACGCCUACUACUACUGCUUCAUCACGUUGACUACCAUUGGGUUCGGGGACUACGUGGCCCUGCAGACCAAGGGCGCCCUGCAAAAGAAGCCACUCUACGUGGCCUUUAGCUUUAUGUAUAUCCUAGUGGGGCUGACAGUAAUUGGGGCCUUCCUCAACCUGGUAGUCCUGAGGUUCUUGACCAUGAACAGCGAGGACGAGCGGCGGGAUGCUGAGGAGAGGGCGUCCCUUGCCGGAAACCGAAACAGCAUGGUCAUCCACAUCCCCGAGGAGGCGCGGCAGGGCCGGCCCCGGUACAAGGCGGACGUGGCGGACCUGCAAUCCGUGUGCUCCUGCACAUGCUACCGCCCGCAGGAAUACGGUGGCCGCUUGGCGGCACAUCAGAACUCCUUCAGCGCCAAGCUCGCCCCCCAGUACUUUCACUCCAUCUCUUACAAGAUUGAAGAGAUCUCACCAAGCACAUUAAAAAACAGCCUCUUCCCAUCCCCCAUCAGCUCCAUUUCUCCUGGGUUACACAGCUUUACCGACAACCACAGGCUGAUGAGACGGCGAAAGUCCAUUUAG